GUGUGUACAUGGCAACAUAAUAGUAGUAAAAUAAAGAUGGCUUAAAAUGAGUGACGAGUUUAAUUUAAUACAAUAUAUAACAUGGUGUCAGGUGUAAAGAAUAAUAAAAAGGAGGUAUAAAAUAUACAAGGAGAACACAGGGAGAAAUAUAGAGGUAAAUAAUAGGAGAAACAAGCUGUAAAAAUAUAAAGUGUACAAUACACAAAGAUGGAGGGGUUAAGGCCACCGAUUAAUCUUACAUUAUCGGGGCCAUCCGAAAAUUUCUAUAUUUUUAAAAGGAAGUUCUUAAAUUAUAUAGAAGCCGCGGGGCUAACAGAAAAAACAGAAGAACGAAAAAUAGCGUUAUUUCUGAACUUAGCAGGCGAUGACGCAAUGGACGUUUACAUGACAUCAAUGGAGAAAUUGAAGAUAAAAAGUUUAGAAAAACUAUUAGAACAAUUUGAAAAACAUAUAAAACCUAGUAAAAACAUAAUUGCCAAUAGCUACAAAUUUUUUAACAUGGCACAAGGAGAAGGGGAGACGUUCGAGCACUAUGUCACAGAAUUGAAAAAACAAGCCAAACUUUGCGAAUUUAAGGAAGAAUACAGACUUGUGAAGGACAUGAUAGUGAUUGGGAUAAAGGACAAAGGUGUACAAGAAAGAUUACUACGGGAGAGUGACUUAACUUUGGAUCAAGCCAUGCAGUUUGGAAGAGCAGCAGAAAUAGGAAAGAUGCAGGUAGGAACAUUAAAUGAAAAGAAAGAAAUAGACACUAUACAUAAACAGAGAGUAAACUACAGGAAGGAGAAGAAAAACUACAGAAAUAAUUGUAGAAAAUGUGGUAAUACACAUGAGCCGAGGAAAUGUCCAGCGUUCGGUAAAAAGUGUGUGCUGUGUAAUAAACUGAAUCACUUCGCUGUGAUGUGUAGGAAUAAGAACAUAUACAGGAAGAAGAAACAGGCGUACAGUUUAGAAAAAGAGGAAAAUAAAAGUGAAAGUGCCAGUGAUAAUAAUUAUACAAUAGGAAGUUUAAACUAUAUAGACAAUAUUAAGUUACAGUGGAGAAAAAAAAUAAGUAUUCUAGGUUUAAAUAUAGAAUUUAAGCUAGACACAGGUGCAGACUAUGUACAACCUGUAAUAGAAUUGCCAGAUUGUAUUCGGUUAAACUUGUUAAAAAGGAUAGAUGGAGUACAAAGUGAUAAGUUGUCAGAAAAGGAAAAAUUUAUAAAAGAUAAUAAGGAUAUUUUUCAGGGACUAGGGACAAUAGGUACUUACCAAAUAAAAAUUGUAGACAAUGCACAACCUGUUGUUAAACCUAUAAGACGAAUACCUUUAGCCAUAAAAGACAGACUUAAGGAAACAUUAAAUAAUUAUGAAAACAGGAAUGUUAUAGAGCGUGUAGAAGGUCCUACUGAGUGGUGUAAUAACCUAGUUAUUGUGGAAAAACCAGAUAAAUCUUUGAGGUUAUGUUUAGAUCCUAAAGAGCUAAAUAAGUGUAUAUUAAGAGAGAGAUAUCUUAUUCCAUCUCCGGAAGAAAUAUAUAAUAACUUAGCAGAACCUUUAAGAAACUUACUUAAAAAAGAUAUAGUGUGGGAGUGGUCUGAACAACAAGAUAAAGCGUUUAAAGAGUUAAAAGCCAAGUUAAGUAAUACACCUACAUUAGCUGUACUAAACAGUAAAGGUCCAAUAGUGUUACAAACUGAUAGUUCUAAAUCUGGUAUGGGAGCUUGUUUGUUACAGAAUGGUAAUAAAAUGUAUAUUGCUGACUACUUGUCAAGAAAUUAUAUAAAAAAUAAUGCUGAGAUAGAUCCGACAACGCAGGAGUUAGUGCAUUGCUUUGAAACAGAUUUAGCUAUAACAGAUAGUAAAUUAGAAAUGUUACAAAAAGAAACUGCAAAUGAUGCAGAUUUAAUGCAAGAUAUACAGGUAUAG